UCCUGCCUUCUGGGCCCAGGAGAGGGGCGCCGUCACCAGGGUCCCCGUCCCCCUUCCCCGCCUCCCUCCAAGGCCCCUUUAAGACCGGGCUGGUCCCCUGCUCUCGGGGUUAACCCCUUUCUGCCCAGGUGGCCCCCCGGGCUCCCGCCGGGGGCGGAGGCAGAGGGGGAGCCGGGGGCGGGGAAAGGGUUGUCCGAAGUCUGGGAGGAGAGGAGGCCGGGGACCGGGGACCGAGAAGGCGGCUGCCGAGGAGCGAAGCCGGCAGAGGGGCCCCGCUGGGCCAGGCGGGCAGUGCCAAAGCCGGGGAGCCCAGGGCUGGGGGGGAGGGCCGGGGACAGCCCGGCCCUGCCCCCUCCCCUGCAGGGCGCCCAGCAACUUCGGAGGAAAGUUUGGCCUCGGUGGCGCGGUGGGGCCGGAGGAUGGGCAGGGCGCUGGCCUGGUGCUUGGUGCUGUGCUGCUGGGGGUGCGCGACCCCCGAGGGAGCAAAGGCUGAGGCUGAUAAUCCCUUUGUGGGGAGUCCAGGGAACAUCACUGGUGCCCGAGGAAUGGUGGGGACCCUUCGGUGUGAGCUCCAGGUUCAGGGGGAGCCCCCGGAGGUGACCUGGCUUCAGAAUGGACAGAUCCUAGAGCUGGCAGACAGCACCCAAACCCAGGUGCCCCUGGGCGAAGACUGGGACGAUGAAUGGAAAGUGGUCAGCCAACUCAGAAUCGCAUCCCUGCAGCUUACAGAUGCUGGACAGUACCAGUGUGCAGUGGCUCUGGGCGGACAGACCUUCAUGUCCCAGCCUGGCUACAUAGGGCUGGAAGGCCUGCCUUACUUCCUGGAAGAGCCGGAAGACAGGAUUGUGACAGCUAACACCCCCUUCAACUUGAGCUGCUGGGCCCAGGGACCCCCAGAACCUGUGAAUCUACUUUGGCUCCAGGAUGCUGUCCCCCUGAGCCUGGACAUGGCCCACAGCCCCCAGCACAACCUGCAUGUCCCAGGCCUGAACAAGACAUCUUCUUUCUCCUGUGAAGCCCAUAAUGCCAAGGGGGUCACCACAUCCCGCACAGCCACCAUCACAGUGCUUCCCCAGCGGCCCCGUGACCUCCACCUGAUUUCCUGCCAACCCACAGAGCUGGAAGUGGCUUGGACCCCAGGCCUGAGUGGCAUCUACCCUCUCACUCAUUGCACCCUACAGGCUGUGCUGUCAGACGACAGGGUGGGUGUCUGGCUGGGAGAGCCGGACCCCCCGGAGGAGCCCCUCAUCUUGCAGGCAUCUGUGCCCCCCCACCAGCUUCGGUUGGGCAGACUCCACCCUCACACCCCUUAUCAUAUCCGGGUGUCCUGCACCAGCAGCCAGGGCCCCUCACCCUGGACCCACUGGCUCCCUGUGGAGACACCAGAGGGAGUGCCCCUGGGUCCCCCUGAGAACGUUAGCGCCAUGCGGAAUGGGAGCCAGGCCCUCGUGUGUUGGCAGGAGCCAAGGGCGCCCCUGCAGGGCACCCUGUUAGGGUACCGGCUGGCGUAUCGAGGCCAGGACACCCCAGAGGUGCUGAUGGAUGUAGGGCUAAAGCAAGAGGUGACCCUGGAACUGCGGGGGGACGGGGCUGUGCCUAACCUGACGGUGUCUGUGGCAGCCUACACCGCUGCUGGGGAUGGGCCCUGGAGCCUCCCUGUGCCCCUGGAACCCUGGCGCCCAGGGCAAGGACAGCCAAUCCACCAGCUGGUGAGUGAACCCCCAGCUCCUGCCUUCUCGUGGCGCUGGUGGUAUGUACUGCUGGGAGCAAUUGUGGCCGCUGCCUGUGUCCUCAUCUUGGCCCUGUUCCUUGUCCACCAGCGAAAGAAGGAGACCCGCUAUGGAGAGGUGUUUGAGCCAACAGGGGAGAGAGGUGAACUCGUAGUCAGGUACCGUGCGCGCAAGUCCUACAGUCGCCGGACCACCGAAGCCACCCUGAACAGCCUGGGCAUCAGCGAGGAGCUGAAGGAGAAGCUGCGGGACGUGAUGGUGGACCGGCAUAAGGUGGCCCUGGGGAAGACCCUGGGAGAAGGGGAGUUCGGAGCUGUGAUGGAGGGCCAGCUCAACCAGGACGACUCCAUCCUCAAGGUGGCUGUGAAGACCAUGAAGAUUGCCAUCUGCACAAGAUCAGAGCUGGAGGAUUUCCUGAGUGAAGCCGUGUGCAUGAAGGAAUUCGACCACCCCAACGUCAUGAGGCUCAUUGGCGUCUGUUUCCAGGGUUCCGAACGAGAAGGCUUUCCAGCACCUGUGGUCAUCUUGCCAUUCAUGAAACAUGGAGACCUGCACAGUUUUCUCCUCUAUUCUCGGCUUGGGGACCAGCCAGUGUUCCUGCCCACUCAGAUGCUGGUGAAGUUCAUGGCAGACAUUGCCAGCGGCAUGGAGUAUCUGAGUACCAAGCGAUUCAUACACCGGGACCUGGCCGCCAGGAACUGCAUGCUGAACGAGAACAUGUCCGUGUGCGUGGCAGACUUUGGGCUCUCUAAGAAGAUCUACAACGGGGACUACUACCGUCAGGGACGCAUUGCCAAGAUGCCCGUCAAGUGGAUCGCCAUCGAGAGCCUGGCUGACCGAGUCUACACCAGCAAGAGCGACGUGUGGUCCUUUGGGGUGACAAUGUGGGAGAUUGCCACGCGGGGUCAGACCCCCUAUCCAGGAGUGGAGAACAGUGAGAUUUAUGACUACCUGCGCCAGGGAAACCGCCUGAAGCAGCCCGUGGACUGUCUGGACGGCCUGUACGCGCUGAUGUCCCGGUGCUGGGAGCUGAACCCUCGAGACCGGCCAAGUUUUACAGAGCUACGGGAAGACCUCGAGAACACGCUGAAGGCCCUGCCCCCUGCCCAGGAACCUGACGAAAUCCUCUAUGUCAACAUGGAUGAAGGCGGAGGUCCUCCUGAACCCCCUGGAGCUGCUGGAGGAGCUGACCCCCCAACCCAGCCUGACCCUAAGGAUUCCUGUAGCUGCCUCACUGCAGCCGAGGUCCAUCCUGCUGGACGCUACGUCCUUUGCCCAUCUACAGCCCCUGGCCCCUCUGCGCCUGCUGACAGGAGCUCUCCGUCACCCCCAGGGCAGGAGGAUGGAGCCUGAGACAAUCCUCCACCUAGAACUCCCUCUCAGGACCCAAGCUAGGCACUGCCACUGGGGGAACCUCACCCCCCACUUUUCCACUCCAGGCCUUAUCCCCAACUGUAGUCCUCUUCCUACCCUUCCCACCCUCAUCCCAGACAGACCCUUCCUUUUCUCUGCACCGUGAAAUCCUCAUCCCUAAGAGGCCAUGGUUGAACUGCAAUCUCUAAGGGCCCACCCUCCCUCCCCCCGAGGUCUGACAUUCCAAGAAUCUAGAUUCCUAUGUUUAAGGAGCCUAGAUUCAAAGAUUCUAGGUCUCAAAGAUGCUAUGAGUCUUGGGUUCUAAGGACCUGAAAUCCAAAGUCUCUAAAUAGUGCUGAGAGUCUGGACAUGUAAAUUCUAAGGCUGUGAGAUUCUGCAGCUUGAGAUUUUAUGGUUCUAAGAUUCUUGAUAAGGCCCCAAGUUAGGUUCUAGAGCUCUAAGAUUCUAGUUUUAGAAUCUAAGUUUCUAUGAGUCUAGAUUUUAUUUUUUUAGAGUUCCAAGUCCUUCAGGUAUAAGACUCUAAAUUCUACAAUUCUAAAGAUUCUAUAAUUCUAGACAUGGUAGUUCUAAGGCCUGUUGUUCUAAAAUUUGAUUGUCUAAGGUUCUUUAAGUCUCAAUCUUCUGGCUAUAAGAAUCUAAACCAUAAGGCUUCAAACUUAUUUUCUUAAGUUCUGAGAUUCUAAAUGAUGGUUGAUUAUAGUUUCUGAGGCUUCAUGAUCACAGAUUCUCUUAUAUGAGAUCCUGGAUCUGAAAGGCAUUAGAUUUUAGAAUCUGCACUCCAAAAAUUCUAAGAUUCUAAAAAUGGAGAUUCUAAGGUCUAAUGUUCUAAAAUGUGUUGUUCUAAAACUUAGUCUAAGAAUCUAAAUUCUCUAUGAUUCUAGAUCAUAUGCUCCAGGAUUCUAGAUUAUUAAACUCUUAAGAUUGUAAUGUCGGCAUAUUUCAAGGCCCUGUAAAGUCCUAUUGGUCUAAGUUUUGGAUCCUAAGCAUCCAAGUUAUAAGGCCCUCACAUUUGUGACUAAGUUCUAAUAAUUUCUAAUGUUGGACACCUCUAGGUUCUGUGCUGCAUUCUACCAUUCUAGGAUUAUAGUUAAAGGUCCAAGAAUACACAUUUCUAAAAUCUUAAGGUUCUAGGCUCUGUAAUUUAAGAUUCAAAUAUUCUUAAGAGUCUAAAAGUCUACAAGUCUAGAACAUUAGGUACAACUGCAACCUUCUAACCAUAUAGUAUUCUGUGUCCCUUCUUCUUAGGCACCUUCUCUUCCUCCUCCCCUCAUAGGAGGUGUGCCCCCUCAAGCCUGUGCAAUGCAUUAGGGAUGCCUCCUUUCCCCCAGGGGAUGGACCAUCUCCUUCCUUUUGGGCCAUGCUGCCCCCUUGAGCCAGUCCCUCAUUCCUAUAGAGUGUGGACUAUGAUGCCUCCAGAGGGGCUCAGAUCACAUAAAAUUUUGUCAAUCACUA